GGCGGUGUCUACGGGUGGGGCGAUAAUAGUAAAGGACAGGUGGGGGCCGAACACCUGUCCAACAAUAUAGUGCUCGAGCCAAUCAAAUUGAGAUUUACAGACAAUGGCCGCCAAUACGCGAUAAAAAGUGUGUUUUGCGGCGAUUUCUCGUCGUUCGCCAUCACUGGUGAGGGACUGGUGUUUAGUUGGGGUCGUAAUGAUUGCUAUCAAUUGGGGCAUAUGGUGUUGGGACAGGUGUGUACACCGCGACUGAUCGCUGACUUAACUGGUUUGAGGGUAGUCGGUGGGGUUGUCGGACACAGUGGGGCCUCCUAUUUGUAUACAGACGACAGUUUUGUAUACUUUUGCGGUGAAUAUAGAGAACGCGAUGGGAAUGACGUUAAAGCCACGAAAUACGGGCCGAAAAUUCUGGACUCCUGGGGUAUCAAAGGCAUACGGGUGCUUAAAACCAAUUUUGGUCGGAAAGUGAUCAUGGUACUCGACUGGAUAAUUCUAGAGUAUAAUGACAUUCGACCAAAUAUUCCCACAUACACAAACUUGUUUGAUUACUGUAUGAAAGAGUGCAGGGUGACUUUCAAAACCAUAGGGUUCGGGGAAUAUAAGAAAUUUAAUUUCAGCAAAAAACAUGUGCCAGUUGGAUUAAGCGUGAUUAAUGAUCGUUACGAGGAAUUGUGUGAAUUAGGUUCGGGAUCCUUUGGAAUAGUAUAUAAAAUGAGGGAUAAAAACGAUGGCAAAGAAUACGCUGUCAAAAAAUUAAGUGCACCAGAAGAGUAUUACAAAGAGUUACAGAAUUUAGUGACCGUUCGCUCAGAAUAUUGUGUUCAAUUUAUAAACUCAUGGCUUGAAUGCGACAACUAUUACAUUGUAAUGGAGUUGUGUUCACAGAGUCUACAGAAUAUUCUCGACACAAAACUCGAAGUAUUUGGUCGACAAUGUGGUGAACCCAUGGGUUCAGUCGAGGCAUUCAUUUCGUGUCAAAUAUUCAAAGAACUCUUAGAAUGCGUUCAGUAUUUGCAUGGAUUGGAGCCACCGGUCACUCACCGGGACUUAUAUCCCGAUAAUAUUCUAAUGUCACGUAAGUCGUCGGCAUACGGGAUAUAUUUCAAGUUAUGCGACUUCGGGUUGUCUACGGUUCGCCAACAAGCGUCCGAUAAGGGUAACCCCAGCUACCAGGCCCCUGAAAUUUACCAAGGGCGUCAAUAUGAUCAUAAAGUGGACCUGUACAGUUUGUACAGAAUUGGCGAAAAGUUAUUUGACGUCAAUUUGGAUUAUGAAUGUAUACUUUAU